GUUACCGACCAGUGUUUCACCUCGUGACGUCAUAGCAGGUUCAAAAAUUUCUGAUAAUAGGUUGUUUCAAAUCAAAACUUCUUUUAGAGAUAGGCCCAACAAGAAAAUUUUCAAGCAACGGCAGUUAUUUGCUGGUUUAAUUCUUGAUUUGAAAAUGGUUCUUUACAAUUUCUGGAUCAUGGAUGUUUCGGUGAGCGCUUUGGUCUUUCUUAGCGCAAUUUACGGCGAAAAGAUGCGGCGAAGUGGACAAUGGAGUAACCCUUCGAAGAGCGACGAAACAGAUAGUCAAGAAAACAAAACGGUUGAAAAUCAAGUUGCCAAAGGCGCAGAACUUAAACUUCCACAGUAUCUACUGCUGAACUUUACUUAUUUCGCUGCGAUGGGGCUGACAGUGGUCGUCCUCCAAUAUUACCCUUCCGUAAUGAUAUUUUUACAGCAUGUCGCUGUCGUGAGCUUCAUUAUGAUCGCAUUUGCCCAAUGGCUGCCUCUGAAGCUGGGUUAUAUACUGGGCAUUUCAUUCGGCGCAAUUUGGCUUUUAUCAGUACAGACCGAAUUCCGAUGGAUUAUCAACAAUAUUAUCAUCGCCAUGUUUGCGUUCUUGGCCAGUCACGUCCAAUUUAGGAACUUUGCCUUUUUACAGAUUUUUCUUUGGACGGCGCUCGUUUAUGACGUCUGCCUUCUUGCUCGAAUGAACCACUCCACUCCACAAGUCCUUAGCAUCGGGGAUUGCGGAAAUCUGCUAUGUCAGUUAUUUGAAAUGAACAGCGCCUGGGAGCUGCCUUCUGUGUUUACAGUGCGCUUUGGCGAGAAUCAAACACACGUCUUUCUCGGAACAGGAGACAUAAUCAUCGGCGCUAUAGUUGCCAACUUCGCCAUGUCGUUUUUCAAGUCGCCUCGGUGCCUCGUCGGAGUAGUUGCAAGUUAUUCGGUAGCGAUCGCAUUCUUGAGUCAAGUGGAUACCGACAGACCCUAUCCAGCACUGAUUUCAAUUGUCCCGAUGUGUUCUGUGUCACUAGUUUGUUGCGCGGUUGCCUGCAAAAAAACGAAACGGUUAUUUUCACUGUCCUGCAAAGAAAACUCUGAUCUCCGUGAUGAGGAUAUUCUAUUAAUUUGAUCUGUUUUAAGGGACAAUUCGACGCUAUUUUUCAUCGAAUCAGUGAAAUUCAUCCGAUUGUUUUUGAUACUGGGUAAAGAAUAUUUUGUCAACUGAGGAACAUUGCCUUACGUGAAAUCGAUAGAAUCUUACAUGAAUUGUUCGUCCAAUUUAAUUUAGUCAUUUAAGCUCAGGAGCCACAAAGAUUUUUUUUCUGUUAGUAAUUUAGUAAUAAUUAUAUAUGGCUGUUCAUUUGUAUAUUUCUUUUGAAAGAUUAGCGUUCAUUAAUUUGACUUUUUGUUCAGCGGACAGCUGGAUUUGAAUAAUUAAAAGUUCGUGUAACAUCAAGAAAUCAGUUAGAAUACCGUGUGCUUAAACUGAAAUAACAAAAUCAUAAUCUAAAAGAAAAAGGUAAAGACCAAGUACUGCGGUGUAAUAUUUAAGAUUAUUGUAUUUUCAUUGUUAAUCAUUUCGAAUUAAGCCGAUUUGAAGAAUAAAUAUGAUAUAGACUUUUCAGUGAGUUGUC